GCUUUCCAGCUAUACGUUUGCUUUUAAAUCAGCUGGUGAUCUAGGCACAAGAACGCCAAAAGCUGCAGACUGUAUUCGUCCCCGCCUGCGACCCACUGCCUUCCCGGCAAUCUUAUUAUUUUGCAGUCCUGUAACUGUAAUUCUCGUCAAAAGGGCGGGCUCACUCUGCGGCCUGCGGCGAACUGCUGGAAGAGCUUGCAGGAACGGUCGCGUCAACCUCCCUCGCUCGGGCGAUGCCUCAAUAGUGAUUUUUUAGCUGGAUUGAGUAGCACCAAAGCCGGUUGCGGCGCGCUGGAUGGAUGUAGUUAAACAACUGCUUGUCAUCGGCGCUUGGGUACCCCUAACCACCGUUCCGGCAGCGGCAUCCGCUGUUCGGCCAGUCGGCAAGGUGCAGCCAGCAGACUCGUUGCGGCAGAGCCGCCCGCCUCAGGAACAGACACAUUCGUGCUCGAUUCCAACGAGUGGCAAGCCUGGCAGGUACAUGCGUGGCACUGGCUACGGCCGGGCGAUCCCAGCGACAUCCUCAGCGACUGCCUCCUCCGGCAAUAACGCAGCGCAGAAAGCGGGAAUAGAGCAACGUUCCGGUAGCGCCAGUAAGGUCAACAGCAGCAGCAGCGAUGACACAACCACAGCGCCGCCGCCAGGCGAGAGCCACAGCAAGCCCGUCGUCGCACGGCCGGGCUCGUCCCCACAGCUCGCCACAGCACCCGCGGCACCGCCCUCGGAGCUGCCGACUGUGGCAGAAGUGUUGAGGACUGCAAAGCUGCUGCUUCAGCCUACGCACGCGGUUGAGCGGCAGUUCUACGCCGACUGCUAUCGUGCGUGCCAGGUCAUUCCCAGCUCGCGAACGCCGCCCGCUGCAGCUACGGCAGGAAGCGGGGGCGGCGCGGCCUCCAGUGGCGUGGCAACUACAUCCGCGGCAUCCGCACAGCCGCCCUACCUCAGUUACGUCCCUGAGGUCGCGCUCAGGCUGAGCUGCUUGGGGCAUCGCAUCGUGGUUCGGCGGGUGACCGACAGCAAGCACUACUGGAGCAAGUCCAUGACCAACCUGUUCUGCUACUGCGUGCUACCGGGCACUGGGAUAGGCUACGUGCUCGACCCCAGCUUUAAGGAGCACUUCCGGGCAGGCCGCAUGUCGGACAGAUACAGGGACGUGUGGGAAUGCCUACCACCCCUGUUUGUGGGGCCGCCUGCCAAACUGGUGCAGCUGGUGCAGUCGCUGUGCGCCGAGCUGCAGGCCAGCUUCGAGAGCAGCGGCCGCCAGCUGCCGCCCUGGCGCACCUUUAGCAGCACCAUCAACCGCUGGAUGUCACCCGGCUUCCAGGAUGUCCCAGUGCCGCUGCGGCGACCCAUGCCACAGCAGCAGACGCCGGAGUUGCCGCCGCAGGCGGCAGGCAGCGGCGGCGCCGUUGGAGGGGUUGCGGGGGUGACAGGUGGGAAUGGGAGCGGCGGCCGCAGCGGCAGCAGUGCGGGCAUGAUACCGGCGGCAGAGGCGCAGGCCUUCCUACGGGUGUGUGAGGAGCUCCUCGCUGGCACCCCCAGCAGUGCGAGGGCGCGAGCAGCAGGCGGCGCCGGUGCCGGUGCCGGGACCAGUGCCGGCCCUUCGUGGGCCACAACGACCCCGGUGGGCCCCUCCACCGUCGCGUCUGCCGCGUCCUCGUCGGUGGCUCGAGGUGCACAGGAGGCAGCCAGACUGCGCCAGCCUCAGCAGCAGCCGCAACACCAGCAGCCGCAGCCGCCGCAGCAGCAGGUCGGCGGCGAGGCUGCUAGGGCUGGGCCGGGCGCCAGCGGUGGGCUGCCUAGCAUGCGGCGAGUCACCGGGUUUGAGCCGCGGCCGCUGACGGAGAGGCUAGGCCGCCUGGCACUGCGGCCGCCAGUAACGGACAGUCCCGCACGGACGGCGGGUGCGGCCGCCGGCGCAGCUGCUGUUGCAAGUGGCGGAGGGGCGGCUGUUGCUCGGCAAGCUGCCGUUGCAGCCAGUGCCACAGCUAGUUCCACUACAGCCGCUGCUGCGCCUGGCGGCGGCGUUGGACCCACGUGGUCAUCCACUGCGGGGCCCAGGCCGGCUGGCUGGGCGGCGGCCGGCACCUCACACGGCACGCGAGGCGCGGAGCAGGGCGCCCUGCUGCCGGCUGCGCAACGGGCAGGAGCUACUGCUGCGUUGCGUCCAGUAACAGGCGGUGAUGGCGCCGGCGGCCUUGUAAAAGGUGAUGCCGUGGUGGGCGGAGACCGCGGGGUAGGCUUCACGGUGCGUGGAGCGGCGGCGGCGGCCAUGGCGGCAGCAGCAGCGGCAACGGCAGGGGCAGCAGCAGGGCUGACCGGGGCGGCGGGGGCCGCUGUGACUAGUGCUGGCCAGCAGCUGUUGGAGGAGGGGCCAGCAGCAGGACAGGCAGCGCCAGGAGAGCAGACGCUGCCGGAGGUUUUGCAGCCGCCGGCUGCAACACACGCCGCGACAUUGGCGCGUACGCCGGCGGGGCUUUUGUCGAGGCACCUGCGCUCAACUCCGCCGCAGCCGUGAUUCUGUGCCAGCACCUGUGGCAGACUGGGAUCUGGUUGAUACCAACAAACGCACGGGGGAUUUACUGUUACGAUAACACGCGGAUCCAUAUGAGUCCGUGACGCAAAGCACAUGCAUCGGGGCUAAGUACACAUUUGCACACGGCAGUGCCAGCAGCACAGCACGCUUUGCCACCCGCCAGACCCACGUCUGCCGACACCACACGGCAUCGCGAGGACUUAUGUAGGACUGCUGGCUCAGCUAGAUUUACAGGUUGUGGCUGGCUGGGGUCCUUACAAUGCUUGGCUGCGAGGCACUAUGUCACGCCGUCAACAGUUGCAGGCACUGCUAAGAUUGGCAUGUGCGCGUAACGCGUCCUAUGCAUUUGUCCUUUUUGCGGGACGUGGGUAUGGACCUAUGCAAGCCCAAUGUAAGGCCCGGACGCCGAGGACGUGUUGGGGAAAUCUCUUCUUCUUAUUUCAAUGCGGACAGUUAUUGCGCUGCAGGUUUUGCUGCGGUACUGGACAUGUGGCAUGGCGAAGGCCCGGUGACGGAGGUGUGACGGGCUACCGCGCUGAAUAAGGGUUACAGGUGCUGAUGGGUAAACCGAACGGUGCGCUUGCGCGGUGCUGCGCUGCAAUAUAAGAUUCCCAUGGGGCAGAGGACUGGAGGCCCCAACAUAAACUCAAAUUCAAAAGAACCCAAGUGCUUGCGUGCUGUUGACACUGCGAGAGCCGGAGCCGGACCAAAUGGCGUUCUGAGCAGUUCUGAGGGAUAGGAUAGAGACGGGAUUGGCAGUUGGCAAUUACUGUUGCAUAAAUGGAGUGUACCGAUUGUAUAAUACAACGUGUUUUUGCAUCGAAGGAUUUGCUAAACCUGUUUUUGGGCUGAGCCCCCCCAGCGCAGCGUUCCAGGGGGGGGGGGGGGCGAAGCCCCCCAGGAACACCCCUGUCCGUGGCUGGUGGCUGGUGCGUCGGCAAAACAUAGCAUACUGGCGCAAACCGCGGCUGCUACGUAUUAGUAUGUGUUAAUGCCUAUUGCAUGUAAAUAGGUGGCAGGGAAAAUUCGGGCGGAGCGAGAAGUGCCUUCGCACGUCCAUGGACAAUUGACUUUCGCGAGGUUGCCCGAAAAGCAAGCCAUGGCUUUGCGCAGUAUGACUUCUGUACGUCGUAAAUGUGCUUCAAAGACACAGCAGACGGCGAGCCGUCAUAAAGAGCCUGUCACCGUUGUCCAUUUCUGUAGCGGCUCGCUCUCACGCCUCUUUCUUCCUGGUCCGGGCGCAACCCCCAGUGGACGCGUUCGGCCGAUCAAGCUGCAGCGGCCGCCAUGGCCGCCGGCGGCGGCGGGGCCGGGCUGAGAGCCUGAACGGCGCUAGCAGGGCGUGGGGCUGAGGGUGCACGUGUCGAUUGGCGGCGAGUGACGUGACUAGUUUGUUAGCUGUGGGUUAGCACGGACUGUGCACCCCACCCAACCGGCCACGUCCGGAUUUGCGGGGAUGCCAAAGGCCCCCAACAUAGAGGCGUGUGCUUAGUAGGCGCCCGCGUCAAGGUGGCUGGGUUGAUAACGACCCGGGAUCAGCCCUUUUCCUGCCAUAAGGCAGCCACCUCCUUGUUGCAUCGAAGGAUUUGUGCUCCGUGUCAUCUUGACGUUUCCGCCUUCCGCCCACCGGACGGAGGGCCCUACAUGGAAGGUGCCGUUUAGGUAGGGGUGUGGGACGCAGGCUUGGCAUCCUGCGCGUUUGCCCACAGCAGGCUAGAGCAGGGGUUUCCAGGCAUUCGGUAUUUCUGUUUUCUGCGUUCUAGUGUUCAGUGAGCGGGAUUCGGUCUUGAGCGGUAGUCGGUAGGCACGGCGUGGGCUUGUGUGCGUAGUGAGUAUGAACCCCGCACUCCCCUUGUCUUGUCAUGUUGUGUGCACCCAUGGGGCUACAGAAGGGCGUUUUGGACACAGGAAAGGGCCAGAUAUAGACAGAGACAAGAUGGGCACGUGUUAAGUGUGAGCAGUUGUGCAGCAGUAUGCGCCAGGCUAGGCGCCUGCGGCCUUUGCGACUUGUCUGUCAGGUGGGACGGUGGGUCCUGCGCAGCGCCUCCCCUGGUCUUACACGCCAUUCAGCCGGUGGCGCAGCAGCAGUACUUUAGAAAUGCUAGGGCAGAUUCUCGUGGAAAGUUACGUAGAUGUACAUGCGUGUGCGACACUUGCUGCGCGUCUGGCGUGUGUACGCCGAUUCGUGCAGUCGCAUUGGUUCUUGGCAUCUUUGGUGACGCAAAUCAUUCCUUUCGUAAUAUGUUGUUACCCGCAGCAUCCCUGCAUUAUAUAUGAGACGGUUUUGAGGAGCGGUUAUACUGCUUAGGAAGGGUGUGUGGUGCUGCUCUGCCACGGAGUAACCGGGGGUUAGCCGUCCAUACAAGGGACGAGUGAAGUAAAAGUAUGAGUGGGCGGGGGACUGCAUCAACGAAUGGGCCCCAAACCGUCGUCGGUAGUCCUAGGACCCAAGAAAUAUCGCCCCGGAAUGAGUUCGUGGACAAUGGCCGUGUAACCGCAAGGCCGC